GUCGCUUCUCGGCAAUACUCACCCAGGGGUCGUUUAUUGGCCUUGAAAUGUGCCGCAGCUGCCCAGCCGCCCCAUUCGGGAGGGGAAAGCCAACCCAGCACGUCGUACUCUCAUGGCAGUGACAGUUCGCCAUGGUGGACCAGCAUCAACCGUAAGAGGGGGAUACAGGGACCCAAUCCACCCAUUGAGCCGGAUCCAACGACUCUUGAUGAGGACAUGGUGGGCACGCGGAUGCUUCGGAGCCUAGAGCGCAUAAACAGAGAGGAGCGCCAACGCGUUUGGGAUGCCAUGCGUCUUGCGGCAGCGGACCGAUAUUCAAGAGGGGAGAUGCCAAACUGGUUUGAUCCCAAAUGGAUCUUCACCGAAGAGGCUCCCAUGAACACGCUCGAACGGAUGCAGCAAUUCGCAAAUGAGGAGGGGUUACUCGAUGACGGGGCGGGAGGCGGCGGUGAAGGCGGUGGCGGGGACGACGACGACGGCCCCAUCAGCGGUCUGGGUGACGGCGGCGAUGGCUGGUGGCGCGAGGACGACCCCUACUGGAUGCUGCGGGACUGGGGUGACCACCCCAUGCGCUGGUGGACGCUGGGCUUCGCAGCCGUACUUGCGGCUGGCGGGCUGCUGACCACACUCAGCACCGGCUACUUGGAGGCGGUGCAGUUUGGCGGGGGCGCGGCGGCGCUGCUGUGCAUCGCGGCAGCAGGCAUGAGCGACGCGGCCAGCCUACCGGGGGUGCUGGGAGUCAAGCUGGCCUGGGCGGUGUGCGCGCUCAUUGUUGCCAAGGAGUGCUACUGGGGCUGGCAGCACCAGCGCACCCGGCGACUGGCCACCUCAGCCCCCCGGCUGCAGCUGAGCGGACUGGCUGCGCUGGCCAUGUGCGCCGGCUACAUGCUGACGGACAUGUCGGCGCUGGGGGAGGUGGCGCUGCCCACCAACCCCGGAGCCGUGUUCAAGUCGCCGGACGUGGCCUACCGCAGCAGCAUCUGGCACAAGUGGGGCUACGGGCAGGUGCUCAUGCGCGUCUGAGGGGCGGCGCGGGGAGGGCGUGUGUGAGGGCGGAGGCCACAGUGGGGUGGAGAGCACGGAAAAGGGGCGAGCUGUUCAGCGUUUGGGAGUGAGGUUGCGUUGACGUGACUCAUGUUGCACAUUUUAAUUUCCCGGCAAUAUUACUGCUCAUGGCUACUGUACGGUGUUAUUAUGCCAAGGCAUCGCAUGUGUAUAGGCGCAUGGGUUUUUCCUUCCUAACUAAGGGAAGCGUUCCCAUCUUGAGGGCUUUCGACCGCUGUAACGAGUGUGGAGACGCUUACCGGUAUUCCGUUAAGUUUCCUGAGAAUUAAUCCCCUCAAAAGGUAUGAAUACGGUAAAUCGUUCCGCAUACUUUUUAACCGCAAGACCGGAUACAUAACAUGAGCCACACAGCCUCUGGGGUUGAAGCAGCCACGUUGUUGUACGGUGUAGACGCAACGGCUGCCCCAUGCUGAGAGGGGUUUCGUACUAGCUGCUGGGUUUUGGGGUUCGUAAGGGUAACCGACCAAUAAGUAAUGUAAGCUAACCGCAGUAGUAGGAACCGCCAGUCAGUCCACCAGCGCGCAGCAAUUUGCACCACUCGUUGCACCCCCUCUUCUCAAGGCGUCCGUAACACCUUAGCGCUGGAACUAUUCACUUCAACCCACCGGACAGCAGUAUGGACGGUUUUUGUCAUCCAACGUCAGCCAGGGUUGUGUACAUGUGGUGGUAUCAUCCUACCAACGUUAUGGAUCAGCGAAGGCACCUACCAAGUGCACGGAGUUUAUGAGAUGAGUGGUGCCUUAUAACACACGGAUGAUAGAGAGGAAAAGCGACAGCAGAAGCGACCUGCCUUGCCCGUCGGAACGCUCCGAGACCAUUGUUUGAGGGUGGGAAGCUUAUUGCAACAGUGCCCAUUCUGAAACCUACUUCCAGCAUAAGGUUAACGUUGUAGGGUAGCUCAACUUGCAAAUGCAUGCUACAAAAAUAUUCCACCUCCAGCCCUGCAGCAUUCCCUGUGUAUCAGUCCGUUGCUUUUCAACUAAACCAGAGCAAAGCAGACACAAGCAAGUGCUUUUUUCGGUUCAUAGAAGCGCUCUUGCAUCCUCGGAUACAGUCGCUGAGCAUGGGCCUGGCAGGCAACAGCAGCAGCAACCUCAUAACCAGCCUGUGCAGUGUGGUAUACUCAGCCAUGAGCGACACGCCCAUCAACGGAGAGCACAUGGCUUUGUCGGCCAUGACCAGUGGUCGACGUCGCCUUUCCUUGCCGAGGCCCGGUUUGCGUCGCUGUCCCGCGUGCUGCUGGUAGGGCAACCAGGCUAUAUGUUCAGGACGUUAACAGCUCGGAAAUGGCCUUCAACCGUCGGACCCAUCUCUCUCCUAGUCUUCCUCUUCGGCACCAUCCUGGCACUGUUCGCGGCAGUGCGAGGGGUCCUUGUGCGAAAGGUUAAGUCAUGCAAAUGCUGCAAGGGGUUCGGCGUGGUGCGAUGCCGGCUGUGCGAUGGGCGUGGCACCGUCGAUUGGCGGGCGAAGUUCUCGUACUCGGAAACCUGCCCUCUGUGCGCUGCCAAGCGCUUCGUGGUGUGCCCUGACUGCGGCGGCCAUUACCACCGGCGGCUAUUCAACCAUGCGAAGGACGCGAAGGGCACUCUGGAGACCUUCUUCCCCGGUCCUGGUAGCGGCGUGGCUCUGACCCGGUCUAAUGCCCUAGACUGAGCUUUCCGGGGACACUAAUGACAUGUCGAGUUGAGCGCAACACAUACACGUGUGGUGUUUGUCGGAUGGUUAGACUUCAGGUUGUUGGUGUAUUGCGUGGCGCAUAGGUAGGUUUCGUGCGGGGUUCACACAGGAUUGCCGUGGUGGUGCUGCAUUCUGCGCCACAUGCCCGUUGACAAAGAAAUGCCUUAGGCGUGCAAGGGUGAGCCAUGGGAGCUGUUAAUCCAAGAAUCUUAACAUUGUGGUUGCGUGCUUAAGCGGCGUUGGGUGGAGGUCAUGCACGUUGUGCCACAUGCUCCUGUCUCUUUGCCGAUAGCAAAUGUGUACUCUGGUGUGGCCAUCUGCAUUUGCUAACAGGGAACUUUAUACCGGUAUCGGCGUUUGGAAAGGUUGACUGUACUAUUGCUCAGAGCGCUGAAGCGGGUUCUCAUGAAAGCCAUGCAGGCACAUGUGUGAGAGAGACGUUGUUGAGUGUGAGGAGAGUUAAACUUAUGGACAUCGAAGGCCUGCAUGCGGCGUUGUAUGAGAGUUGUGUGCGUACACUAUUCGUCUGGGAUACCCGCGAGCUGAGCGGGGCUGUGGACAACAUAGCCUAGCCGUUGACAACAAGCCACUGAAGACAUGCCUAUUGUGAGUUACGGCGAUUGAAACGUUGGUAUUCAGUUUAUUUCAUGGUCAAAGGUCAAAUACGGUUGACUAGGCUUGCUGACCCGUGCUUAGGGAAGCCAUAACGCCU